AGGCCCAAUGCCCUGGACCAAUGACCUAAUGACGGGCCGCAACACCAUGCCCCUGUCUUUGUGCCCUGGAUCUUGUUUUUGUGGGAGGACGGGAUGGGCAUGCGCUCGCCGCUUUUCCGUUUCCUCCCAUAUGACGGGCUGGCCGUGUGGUAUCGCCCAGACUCUGUUCUCAUCACCAUCUCGUGUCCCUCUUGUAUUCCUCUUGUGUCGCCCUGCUCCCUCAAACUAAAACCUGACCCUUCUCGCUAUACACCUUGUCGCCGCCGUCUCCUGGCCCUCAAAACAAGCGGGAACACGGCUGCUGAUCCUACAGUUCGUCGUAUCCCACAGUCUACUCCCGGCGCGCCAAAUCGCAUGGCUUGCCGCUACCGUAGACACCGAACUCGCGACAGCGUGGUUUGAGUCAUAUUGCCAGCAGUUUCAAGGAAGCAUCGACCGAUCAGUAUCCCACGCGACAUCGACCUCCAUGAGUAGUACAACCCUGACGUCGGGGUCGACAACGACAACAGCCCCUGCGGCACAGUCGACGACUGCCAUCCCCGAUGGAGCAGGAUCCGCCCAGCAGUCGACGGGCAUUAGCCUCAUCGCCUUCAUCACUGCCUUGGCUGCCUCGUUGAUAGUCUUCGGCGUCCAGAUGGGAUUCUUUUUGCUUCUGAGGAACAAGCUGGUCAGGAUAUUCAAACCAAAGACCUACUUAGUCCCCGAACGAGAAAGAACCGAAUCCCCUCCCACCAACCACUUUGCCCUGGCGUUCAAGCUCAUGAGCUUUGAGGACCGCGAGAUCAUCAAGAAGUGCGGCCUCGACGCCUACUUCUUCCUGCGCUACCUACAGACCCUCCUCAUCAUCUUCAUACCCAUCGCCGUCGUCGUUAUCCCAGUUCUCGUUCCCCUCAACUAUAUCGGAGGGAUGGGACGCGAAGUCGUUAACAACGCCACGGUCGACGGCUCCAACCGCACCGUCCCCACGGGCCUGGACACCCUGGCGUGGGGCAACGUCGCUCCCAGCAGGCAAGGUCGGCGCUGGGCCCAUCUGGUUCUUGCCCUGCUCGUGAUCCUCUGGGUUUGCGGCGUUUUUUUCAGCGAGCUCAGGGUCUACGUCAAGAUCCGCCAGGAUUACCUGACUAGUGCAGAGCACCGCUUGCGCGCCUCGGCCAACACGGUGCUCGUAAGCUCCAUACCGGACAAAUGGCUCACCGAGGAAGCCUUGAGAGGCUUGUUCGACGUGUUUCCCGGAGGCAUUAGAAAUGUCUGGCUUACCCGGGACUUCACGGCUCUCCUCUCCAAGAUACACGAGCGUGCUAAUGUCCACAAGAAGCUGGAGCAGGCAGAGAGCGAACUGAUUCGCACCGCGAAGCGGAAGCAGCUCAAGCAAGCGAGAGAAGGCAGCUCAGUCCACCGACUGAAGGGCGAAAGCAGGGCCGACAGAGCGGUGCGUGUCAAAGCACAGGACCAAGAGGCCCAGAGACGUGCUGAGACCGCCAUAGGCUUAAGCGCCAACACGCCGCACGUACCCCAGGCGGUGCAAGAGGCGGUGGCCGAAGCGGACGACAAAAGUGGCACCGAUAUGUCCGACAUCCAGGAGUGGGACGAAGCAGGAGAGAAGCGCGAGGGGCACAAAAACCCGCUUGCUAAGAUUGGGCAGGGUCUAAAUAAGGGCGUCGCUGCCGUCAGCGGCGCAGGACUGGGCCUCAUCGGAGGGGCGAUAGCCAUCCAAAGGACCAUCGGUGAUGAACUGGAAAAGACCGCCGGCUUUGACUUUGCGAAUCGAGGUGGCCAACCUAGUCCUGUCUCAGCGACAAUGAGCGAUCCCGACUCUUCCAGACGGGACCAGGUGGCUGCGGAUCAGGACGAUCGGCCCAAGACGUCGUUUGCAUCAGAAGCCCCCUUGACUGGGAACGUCCGCCAUGCCCACACCUCGUCCAACGUCUCCCACGACUCGGAUACCAAGAAGGACGCCGCUGGCCCCAAGAUCUUUGGCAACACGACCCGCCGUGCUACUAAUAUGGACGAGAUGAUUGUUACCGAGCAGACACGGUGGUAUCAGUUUUGGAAGCCGCCGACGGGAAGCUAUGCGUCUCCGAUCCCCCAGGGCUGCGAGGACGGCGAAUACCCGUGGAAGAAGAACCAGAAAAAGACAUUCUGGCGGAUUGUGAAGGACUCGCUCCCCUUCCUAAGUGGCCACGAGCCGCCCGUCGAGUACCCAGCUGCGUAUUCUCGCGACUACUCGAGCCAACCCGAGGACGAUGCCGAGUGGAGGAAGUGGCUAAAGCCGGAGGAACGUCCUCAUCACCGGGUUGCCAACUUCCACUGGACACCCUCAUGGCUGCCCGCACUACCCUUGGUCAACAGGAAAGUAGACACCAUCUACUGGUGCCGCGCCGAGUUGGCUCGGCUGAACAUGGAGAUCGAAGAGGAUCAACGGCAUCCAGAGCGCUACCCGAUCAUGAACUCGGCCUUCAUUCAAUUUAACCACCAGGUCGCAGCCCACAUGGCCUGCCAGUCCGUCACUCACCACAUCCCAAAACACAUGGCGCCUCGCAUGGUCGAGAUCUCACCUGACGACGUCAUUUGGGACAACAUGGCCAUGUCGUGGUGGGGCGAGUGGGCGAGGCGUGCGAUUGUCUUCGUUAUCGUCUCCGGCAUGGUCAUUCUCUGGGCUUUCCCAGUCGCCUGGACGGCUUCGCUCGCCCAGAUUGAUGCUCUGGUUGAAAACUACAGCUGGCUGAGAUUCCUAGUGGAAAACAAGAUCGUUGAGAACGCCAUCAAGGCAAUUGCUGGUGUUUUGCCAGCCCUUGUUCUGACCCUUAUUCUGGCGCUCGUGCCCGUCUUGUUCGGCUUCUUGGCCGUGUUCCAAGGAUGCAAAACGGGCUCGCAAAAGUCGGAGACGGUCCAGGUCUACUACUUCACGUUCCUUUUUGUUCAGGUUUUUCUGGUCGUUUCCAUCGCCUCGGGUACCUUCCAAACGCUCGCCAGCCUUUCAAAGGACGUUACGUCGACGCCCAACGUUUUGGCUGAGAAUCUCCCCAAGGCGGCUAAUUACUUCUUCGCCUAUAUGAUUUUACAAGCGCUCUCGACAAGCUCGGGCACUCUGCUGCAGAUCGGCACGCUCUUUGUCUGGUACGUGUGGGCAAGGAUGGUGGAUAACACGGCGCGGGCGAAAUGGACACGCAACACUCAGCUACCCACCGUGUCUUGGGGUUCGUUCUUCCCGGUGUACACCAACUUCGCGUGCAUCGCCCUCAUCUACUCGAUCGUUGCGCCGCUCAUCUCCAUUUUCGCCAUCAUCACUUUCAGCCUGCUCUGGGUGGCCCACCGCUACAACAUGCUCUACGUCACGCGCUUCAGGACUGACACAGGCGGCGUCCUGUAUCCGCGAGCCAUCAAUCAGACCUUCACGGGGCUCUACGUCAUGGAACUUUGUCUCGUCGGCCUCUUCUUCCUGGCCGAGGACGAAACAGGCACGAACGUGUGCUUCCCGCAGGGCAUUAUCAUGGUCAUUACCAUCAUCCUGACGGCCCUGUACCAAUACCUCCUAAACUCGUCCUUCGGGCCGCUCCUCCGCUACCUCCCAAUCACGUUCGAAGACGAGGCCGUUCUUCGCGACGAAGCCUUCCAGCGCGCUCAGGCCCGCCGCCUCGGCCUGGUCGGAGAUGACGAAGACGACGAGGCCUCAGCGCUCAACCGCACCGGACCCGCCGUCACCGGCGACGCAGGAGCAGCAGCAGCCGACGAUAUCGAGCUUGAGAAGCUGCGGGGGCGCCGCGCCCACAAUCGGACCGGCUCGGUACUGGGGCGGUUUAGGCCGGUCAAGGGCAUUGCGCAGGCGGGCACGUGGGCGGCGCGCGGCGGCAAGCAGAUCCGGGCGGCCACGUUUGGCCGCGCCGAGGAGUCGCUCCGCACGGCGGCGCAGUACCGCAAGCAGCGCCGGCAAAAGGACCUUGAAGCGCAGCGCGCCAUGGGUGACGCCCUCUACGGCGGCUACUGCGACGUCAUUGAGGAUCUCACGCCCGAGGAGCGCGACGUGCUGGUCAGGAAGGCGUUUCAGCACUCGGCGCUGCGAGCGAGGAGGCCCGUCGUGUGGAUUCCGCGCGACGAUAUCGGGGUCAGCGAUGACGAGAUUCGGAGGACCAACGAGUUUAGCGAGUACAUCUCGAUCACCAACGAGGGCACGGCGCUGGAUAGCAGGGUGAGGGUGUUGUACGGGAAGAAUCCGCCUGACUUUUCUGAGGUGGAUCUCAUUAAUCUUUGAGUGCGGGGUCGGAAACAGACCGAAAGGGUUUGGUUGUACGUUGGUAUGCUAUAUAUCUCAUGAUGAUGAAGGGGGGGAAGGCCUUCGGUGAGGGGGUCGAGGAACAGUGGGAAAAGGGGGGCCGUCAAGUGCAUACAAGUGAGAAGGAAAUACCCCGGCGUUUAUUUCAGAUUUCAGGUUUUAGCAACAGCAUCGCAUUCAUCAGGCAAAUCUUCUGGUAACAUCGCAUUUGGGGCCUGGGUGGAUGUAUGCAAGGUAGGCGGCAUACGGCUCAGGAAUAGCAUUGCAUUUGCUGAUUAGAGCAUCAUCUACCUACGAUACCCGACGCCAGUGUCGGCACUU